AAGGAAGUCGCGUGCGGAGGGGUGUGGCGGUUUCUACGGUUGCACGGGGGUUUGCAAGGGGGUUCAGCCGUGUACGGAGCGCCUGGAGGGACAGCCUGAUACAGGUUCCCUGAUGGCUCAGUUGGGAGCUGUUGUGGCCGUGGCUUCCAGUUUCUUUUGCGCAUCUCUCUUCUCGGCUGUGCACAAGAUAGAAGAGGGGCAUAUUGGCGUAUAUUACAGAGGUGGUGCCCUGCUGACGUCCACCAGUGGCCCGGGUUUCCAUCUCAUGCUUCCAUUCAUCACGUCCUACAAGUCUGUACAGACCACUCUCCAAACUGAUGAAGUGAAGAACGUACCAUGUGGAACCAGUGGUGGUGUGAUGAUCUACUUUGACAGAAUUGAAGUGGUGAACUUCCUGGUCCCAAAUGCAGUGUAUGAUAUAGUGAAGAACUAUACUGCAGACUACGACAAGGCCCUCAUCUUCAACAAGAUCCAUCAUGAGCUUAACCAGUUCUGCAGUGUUCAUACACUUCAGGAAGUCUAUAUCGAGCUGUUUGGUAAGAGCAUGGCUGUACGAGUGACAAAGCCCAAUAUACCUGAGGCAAUCCGCAGGAACUAUGAGCUGAUGGAAAGCGAGAAGACGAAGCUUCUCAUUGCAGCCCAGAAGCAGAAGGUGGUGGAAAAGGAGGCAGAAACAGAGAGGAAGAAGGCCCUCAUUGAGGCAGAAAAAGUGGCACAGGUUGCAGAAAUCACCUAUGGGCAAAAGGUGAUGGAGAAGGAGACAGAGAAGAAGAUCUCAGAAAUCGAAGAUGCUGCGUUCCUGGCCCGGGAGAAGGCGAAGGCUGAUGCUGAGUGCUACACGGCGCUGAAGAUUGCAGAAGCAAAUAAGCUCAAGCUGACUCCGGAGUAUCUGCAGCUGAUGAAGUACAAGGCCAUUGCUUCCAACAGCAAGAUUUACUUCGGCAAAGACAUCCCCAACAUGUUUAUGGAUUCCGCAGGGGGGCUGGGCAAGCAGUUUGAGGGGCUGAGCGACGACAAGCUGGGCUUUGGCCUAGAAGAUGAGCCCCUCGAGGCACCCACAAAGGAGAACUGAGGAAACCCUGUCUGCAAGCUCUGCUCGGGCAGCUUAGAGAAAGCUGUAUUCUUUAAGACGAGACGGAGCGCUCCUCCUUCUACACUACCUUCCUUGACUCUUCUUACUGUGGUUAAAAGGAAGAAAUGGACACAAACUUACCCCCUUCUGGGAAGGGAGAGCAGAUGGAGAGUUGUUUUUUGGGUUUAUUUUUAAUUCAGGUAAGUUGUAUGACUUCUGAGAAGGUGUGUUCACCAUAGAUUUGACCUCUGACCUGCAGACACCAACAUUGUCACUUUGAAGCUGGCUUAAGUGGGGCUAUUGUCAGUGUGAAGAGGGAGAGUGUGUGCUGCCUCCUCACGGCUGGAGUUCCUUCAGGGGAAAAUGUACUUCACAGUUCUCUCCCUUGCCUCUAGUGUAGGCGAUGUCUGCAUGUGAGGCACCUGAGCUGCAGAGUGUUGGCCUGCUGGGCUUUUUGAGUGGAUCUCAGGAGUUAAGCUGUCUUGAGCCCUUUUUAGGAAGAACUUGGUGCUAGGUUUUGCAAGGUUUUCUACACACUGUACGCUGCCCUAGUGUUUGCUGGCCACAUCUCACUGCAGCAGGGCUUGGUCACACCACACACUCCUUUUCUGUACUUUGACCUGAUCUGUGAUCUCAUUUCUUCUUGAAUAAUGUAUUCAUUAGUUGCACUCAGCAUUAAGAUGGGAACAAACAAGUGCUGUACUAGCUGAUGGCAUAGCUCCUUAACACCUGCUAGCACUGCAGUGCUGUGUGGCUAACUGUGUAUACUUUUGAGACCAAACGUCUUUAUUAUUAUGGAGACUCUUCACUGAAGAGCUCUUAGCACUGUGGAGAAAGGCCCAGCCAGAUGACACCCAAGUCGUAGUGCCUAUGGCCUGUGCUGGGCUUUGUCUGACACACUGAGGAGGAGAGCUUUGAAAUCCAGAGAGCAGGCAGCCACUUGAGGGUCGGCUCCAGAGCAGCAUGAUAGGUGAAAGGCAGAAUUCAUGCCCGUGCCUGUGGGCUGCGUUGGAUCCCCGUGUUUCCUUUUUCAUUGCUCAUUAGGAAAAUAGUGAGUCACCCUAGGAAACUGAGAAUGGGAAGAACAGAUAUGAAAGAAAGGGAUUUCUUAUCCUGAAAUUGCACUGGGGGCAGGGCUCCACCAUGGCCUGUGAGUGCACACAGAAUGCCUUUGUGGAGGGCAGCUCUGCAGUUAGUCUGCAGACAUGGCAGUACCCCGUGCAACCAUGACUGGCUCUAGCUUAGGACUUGGCCUUGUUAGCUGGUCCCCUACCUCAUCCUCCCACACACACAAAGCACCUUCUGUUCUCUCUUAGGUGACUACAAUAAAUGAUAUUUUCUGGCAUCAAUUCCCACCUCAGUUUUGGUUUUGUAAGUAGGGCCAGUUUGCUCCUAAGUGGCACCAGACUUGUCAGGUAUUUGGGAAGCAUUCAGUCGGCCCAAAAAGAGGCAGAGUUCAUUGUGCUUACUUCAGAUGUUCCCUUCUCUGCCCUGACUCCUGUCUGGACUGAGAUUUCUCAGGCUACUGAUCCUGGCCACACUGUGUACAAACUACAAAAUGUUCUGGAAAGGACAUUUUAAUGUGCUCAAAAGCUCUUGCAAACGUUUUUUUUUUUUUUUUCCCCAAGACCAACUCAUCUUCUUCCCAUUUGUUGCUGCUAAUCACUUGUUGAGAGCAACGUGCUGUACCCAGCCUCCUGUCUUGUACAUGCACCUCAGAAAACACUACUUCAGUGGGGUCGGUGCAGGAGGCAGUGUAUCCCGCCAGCCAGCACCCUCCUAGCCCAAGAAGCUCUGUAACUCGCAUUCUGAGAGCUCAUCCCUCCAUCACAAAGAGCCCCAGUAAAGUCCUGCUGCAGCUGCUCCUUCUCUGCCCCUCUAAUGUCACUUCUUCAACAAAACAUAAAUGUCCCCAUGUCGUAGCAUAAAUUCAGUAGCUAUUGGUAUCUGUCACAGCAGUAAAAUCAUGGAACUCAGAUGUCUUUUUAGCAUGGGAUACCUAGCCCAUCUGUCUUUGUGACCUUGUUUUUUGUAAUACUAUAAAAUCUGAUUGUAAAGCAUUUGAAUUCUAAACAUAUAAAAUGUGAUAAGCCUGCAUUUUGUAGGCAGUGAAGACAUGGCUGCUAUUUUUAAGUAGAACUUCUAUCAAAAUACGUUAACUGUUUGUAAAAUUCAGUUUUUGUAGGACUUUCCCAAGGCACAGCCACCUUGGUAUAAUGCUUCUCACUAAAUGUUGCAGAAGCAAUUCAUAUUCCAUAUAGGUUUUUAAUCACUUUUCAAUAUAUGGUUAGAAUGUAAGGAAGCCUACAUUUAAUAAUUUCUAUAUAACUAAAGAUAGGUGUGGAGGACUCCGUGUGGGUACUGAGAAGGAAUGAAGUGCUCUGAAAAAGGAGGUGUUUCACAAACCAUCUGUGGGGCUGUGUAUCUUGUGAAAGCGAGAUAGCCGUGCUUAUUCCUGGGCUGUUGUCAGCUGGACGUUGAUAAACUGUACCUGGACAAUAGCUACUCUGGCUGUGAACUUUACCUACUUCGUUGUCCUCAGUGGGGUUCUAGCCACUGUUUGUUUCCUUAUAAAAGCUGUAAUGGGCAAUCAUGUGUUUGUACUUCCAUUCCUUUUUAUCUCUACUUCUGUGUAAACUGGUGAUUGAAUAGUUAAAGCAAUAUUUUCAGUGUGCCCCAAGGGUUUUAAUGAGCCUUUAUAACUGAGAAAUGAUUCUUGUUAUAUUAAUUAUUCCAUAAAUGAUAAUAAUAGAUAAAUUACCUUGGGUUAAUAACUCCAGGAUUUGUUUCAGACAACAAAAAAGGUCUCAAUGUGAAUAUACUUAUACUUUGGGUUUAAUUUUAGUCUUGCUAAAUAAAAU